AUGCUUCCCGGUCAACCAGUCAUUACUUCCGGACACCGUGGAGGCUCACGUCGGUCCCAGGUAACCCUCAUCAGGGACCACCAGGCUUGCAUCCCCCUUACUAGGAUACUUGGCGAUGGUGAUAUUGUUGUCCUUCUAACACCAGUUGUCCCGCAUGUUCAACCAGAUGUUGAAAAUGACAGCGACCCGUUUGAACCAUUAGGCCGGGCCUUGGCCGCGAGGCAUCCGUGGAUUCGGCAUGUUCCAUAUACCGCGCGGAACGGUUUGACUGACAUGCAUGUCGCCUUCAUCAAACGGGCCAAAGUUGUCGUCUUCGUUAUCUCCGGACUUCCCUACACUGGUCAGCCUUCGCAGGUUGAGAUUGGUCUAAUGGCCCGGAAGAUAGGAGAGCAACGUCCGCAGAUUAUCAUGGCAUGCCAAAGCGUACAUGACCUCGGCCUCAUGGAAGCAAACUUUCCUACGAUUAUCCAACUUCCUGGGUAUUUACCUUCCGAUUUACAAGUCGCAGCCGCCGUUCUGUUUGGUGAAGCUAGGACUACGGGUACCGUGGGACUGGAUGUGCAUUCAUUAAUGAUAGAGCCGAGAUUCUGGCCUCCAGAGAAUUGGGAUGCUCUUAAUGUCGCACCGGUGCAUGAACUUUGGAAUCAGUGUCUACCAGAUCAGUUUCACCUGGAGAAGUUUCCCCUGCAAUCAUUGCUCCAGCGGGAUGGUUACGCCAUGCACUUCGUCGUGAGACUCCCCGAGAAUCGUGAAAUAAUAGGGUUUUGUGCGACUUAUACUACAUUUGUGGACAGAGAGGGUGAACGACUUAUUGGGUCGUUAGCUAUGAUUAUCGUCAAGCCAGCGUAUCGGCGGCGGGGGGUUGGGCUUAGCUUGUAUGAGCACGCUCUCAAACAGCUUAAGAGAAUACGGGGAGUUGAUCGAAUUCAAUUGGGUUCUACCUUUCCCCGCCUUCUAAGCGGCAUACCUGCCGCUUCUGCGUCUGAGGACUGGUUUCGGAGGCGGGGUUGGCGAAUGGAUGGCCAGGCUCCAGGCCGUGGUCAAGAUAUUUGUGACUGGCUCUUGAGGAUCGAUGAUUGGCCGAGCGGUGGACUGUCAGCGCCUUCCUCCGGGCUGACUUUCCGUCAGGGCACAUUCGAGGACUUUCCCCUAAUCGCUGAUUUUGUAGAAAAGGAGUCUGCCCGCAAAGACUAUACAGGAUGGUAUGACCAAUACAUGAAUCUCGCUCACGACGGCCGCUUCAGUGAUAUUGUCCUAGGAUGGGAAAAAUCGGAAAUCAUCGCUUCUGCACUAAUAUAUACUCCUAAUGAGGUUAGCUCAUUGGCACAAGACCUUCCUUGGGCACGGACAAUUGGAUCUGAUGUGGGGGGCGUAGCGUGCAUCUGCAUUGCAGACGGCAAUGCGGCGAUGACGAUCAGUAAAGAUACUGUUAUGAUUAGAUUACUCGAUGCUUGCGUCACCAUACUCAAAGGCCAAGGAAUGAAACGUGUAUUCCUCGAUGCUGUGAAAGGUGGCUACGAGGGGUUUCAAUCAAUGGGAUUUCAGAAAUGGGCUAUAUAUAAAGAUAUAUGGGAAUCGACAUAAACUUGAUCUUCACGACCGACCUUAAAUACUGAUUUAAAGACUAGGAAACUCUCGCGACGCGUGCCGUUACUCCAUCGCACGUCGCCCGCCGACCUUCUUCUAGGUAUCGUGCCUCAGCUUGGCCACCUUGUGAAGCUACUCCAAUAAGCUCUUAAGUGAAGCAACCCCGUCUGUCUAUGAGCAAGGCUAUGGCGUCAAGGCAAUAUGAGAGCCGGGAGGCUUCCCUUAUCGUGGAGGACUAUGAGUCGAAUUUUCAACUAAGGAUACCGAAACAGAUUGUGCCAUGUUCUAAGUCAGCUGCACAACGUGCAGUAUUACAGGGGGGUCUACUCUUCUUAUGAGACAUGGCGUUGGAACUGAUACGGCUUUUGAAACCUUCGAUAGGUCACAUAUAGUUGGCAUUGGGCCAGCUAUCAAAGAAAUUGGGCCAAAGGCUUCUCAGCUCAUUUGGAUCAGCACGAUGACGAUUGAUUCCCUCUCGACUCAGUUAUAGUCUCGAUUACGACUGCCUAGUGCUGAGUAACCAAUUCCAACAAAUCGACGAGAGUCUUCUAUGACAAGAAACGGGCCUGAGCAAUCCAAAUCAUAGUGGAUAGGGCUCCCUGACAGUAUUGCUUAUUGGCUUACA